CAACUUUCUUGUUGGAAAUCGAUUGUGGUUUUCAAGUAGAAAUGGGAAUAAUUUUCGAUGAGCUCCCAGAUGACAUACUGCUUCAUCUUUUCCAGUUUUUGGGCGGGAAAGAUUGCAUGACUUUUUCACUCUCAGGGGUCUCCAAUAGGUUUUCGUAUCUGUACGGUGGCAGACGAACGGUGUCAAUCCACCAAUGUUAUUCUUUGACUGAAGAGCUAUUCCAUUCAUACAUCAGGAAUUGGGUUUGCCCAGAAAUGGUCACAUGUUUAGAUGUCAGCCAUUGUUACUGGCUACCACAUGGUUCUCUGUACGAUGUUGUCUUAUCAAUGAAGCAGUUGAAUUCCCUACAUGUUCAAGAUACCAAAUUGAACCUAUCAGAUCUUUCAGUUAUAUUCAAGAGUUGUAAUCAAAUAACAAGUAUUGGAAUCAGUGUAACAGAGGAUGACUUGAAAGCUUUUCAAAAGACACGAAAAUUUGGAACAUUAUCUAGAGCAUUGCCAUCACUGUCCGAUGGUUUUGCAAAACUGACUGAUGUGAAAAUUCUGGUAUUCAACAGUGCCUAUUAUAUAGACUCCUGGUGCAUGAUUUUGCAUUUAUUAAGUUGCUGUAAGAUAUGUGUGGAUCUCCAUGUGGAAAUCGAUUAUAGUGAAGACUAUUUCAGGUAUGGGCCAUUUGGGAAAAACGAUUAUGACGAAGAAUUCGUGAACCAUGUACGCAACGAAUUCUUCCCUCAUUUAGGGUGGAUGGCUUCGUUGAAAAAAUUGGUUAUUUUAAAGAGGGGUGGCGUUAUUUCGUACGAUGACGAAUGUGUCAAGGGACUCGUUAAUUGGAUAUUUUCCCAAUAUAACAUGAACUCCAUAGAACGUAUUUGGAUAAAGGAAGAAAUCGAAAUCCUCUCAGACGCCAUUGCUUCGAACAAUCAAUUAAAAUCAAUCUUGUGUGGCUAUUUACCGGACUUUGUUUGGAGUAACCAGCGAUCUGUGCAUUUAGAGCACAUUGGUGGCAUUGGGUUAGGCCAUUGGAUCACGCCCGACACGUCGUCUAACAUUCGCUACAUUCAUGGCUACUGCAUAAAUUCCAAAGGUGUCGACGAAUUGUGCCGAAACCAUCCUAAAUUGGAACACUUGCUUUUAAAUGAUAACAACGGUAACCCGUUUUUCAUUAAAGGUGACUGGAAACUGCAACAUUUAAAAACGCUGGUUUACACGUGUAGUUUUCCUAAUCCAAAAAUCCUGGAACAUUUCAUAAAUGCUACUCCGAAUUUGGAUGCCCUACAUAUUGGCUAUUCAAAUCGUUCGGCUUUGAGCCCUUGGACACCAGUGAACCAUGAAUCUCCAUCUGCUAGUGUGACUGCGGAUUUCUUGAAAGUGAUAUGUUGUCCUCGGUUAACUACAUUGAGUUUGAAUGCGUUUGAUUUGUUUGAUGGCGAAUUCUUUGAAGCGGUUUUCAAGGGCUGUCCACAACUAAAAAGUCUCCACAUCUGUGGUGGCCUUACCAAUGUCAGAUGUUUCGAAAAUUUUGGGCGCUUCAUAUCUUUGGCUAGAAGUCUACGAGAUCUUAGAUUACAAUACGCCAACGAGUAUGAUGAACAAAUUGCGGAUCAAUCUCUGAACAUUCUCAAUGCUCUCUUUGAGUGCAAUCGAUUGGAAAGACUAGUUCUCUACGAGGAAGAUGGUCCAAAUACGCCAUGGGAUGAUAAGACACUUCAAAACACUCUGCUCGAUUUUGUCAAAAGGAUGCAUCAUCUGGUAGCAUUUUGUUUUAUCACAGCGUCAGACAUUCAACCGGCAACGUUAGGCGAUCUUAAACAAAAAUUGGAUGAACUCGUUGUUUCAAAUCGGCCGGCAUUAUGGUAUCAUGUUGGUCAAACACUCCCCAGAUCAACGGACCCUACCGUUCCACGGAUCCAUUACGACCAAAUCGUCUCUCCAAUCAACCCUUCCGAAAUUGCUCCAGAAUUGUGA